AUGCCGAUCCGUCUUUUGGAUGAAUGGGCCGCCCCCCGCACCCAAUCCCUCCCUCUCUCUGUCCUCAAAGGGGCCGUCGUCGGUAUCGAUGCGUCGCACUACAUUUCCCAGCACCUCCUCCAGCCCUCCACCCGCGAGCCUCUUCUGGUCGCGUUGGGUGGUUUCCCGUUCGCCCUGAAGACCAAUAUCGAAAGAGAGCUACAGACGCUGAAAGAACUGGGCGUUAGCUGUUUCUUCGUGUUCAAUGGCCUGGACUUCGGCACGAAAGACCAGCGGCCUAUCGUGCAGCCGGAAUCGGCGCGGUCAUUCGAGCAAGCUUGGGAUCUCUACGACCAACAGCAGGCGGAUCAGGUGGUCGAUGCAUUCAGUGGUGCUGGCACUCCUCGACCGGAAUCCCUCUACCGCUUUUUGCAACGCAUCCUUCUCGCACAUGGUAUAAAUUAUAUGGUGGCUCCCUAUAAUGCCGCGGCCCAGCUCUCCCAUCUGACCAAAGGCUCGAACCCACUGGUCGACGCAGUCUGGGGGCCGUCGGAAGUGUUACUUUUCGACAUCGACAAAUUGAUUACCCGGGUUGAUGCCGAUCCGGCGCAGUUUUCCUUUCUCUCCAAACAAACGUGCCAGGACGACCUGGGCCGACUGAGCACCGAGCAGUUUAUCGACUUUGGUCUCCUCCUAGGGUCUUCGUUCCUGUCAACAUGCCCACUCUUCGAGAAUUCGGCCUUUCCCGGUAAGGGCGCUACUCUUCGCGACGCCCUACAGCUGUUCAACACGACGGGACGAAGUGCGCUCGCUCUCUGCGCCCACUACGAGGAGGAUCGCCGCAUACAGGAGACUCGCUACACGGAGCGUUAUAAGCGUGCAUACAUGUCCAUCAAACACCAUGUGAUCAUGGACGAGGAAGGCCGCGUCGGCCCGAUGGAUGCAGAGCACGCCCCCUCCGACGUGCAUGAGCUGACCAGCCUACGGCUGCCGGAAGAGCUCUAUUUCUACCUCUCUAGAGGCCUGCUGAGUGCCGACGUGCCGAACCAUCUCACGUCUGGCGAGGUGCUGGUCUCGCAGCCGUUGGGCGUGGAAGACACUGAGAUAUAUCGUCAGGUUGCGGGUACCACUCUCACUCCCAUCCGGACGCAAUCGAUUGGAUUGCUUUCAAACUCGCUCCAUAGAUUCUACCAGACCAAGGUCAUCAACGUGCGGCCCUGGUACGACGAUAAGGCCGACACAACGAUCAACCUCAAGAGUCUUCCCUCAGUCAAGGAUACAAUCCAAUCAUGGAAAGUCCGCACCGAUCAACUUCCGGAGGGUGUCAAGAAACUCCAAGCAACCUCUGGACCUUUCAAAUUUGCUGUGCAAAGCUUGAAGGACUCGGAAUUCGUUUCCAAAUCUCUCUCGUCCAAAGACGUCCCUGCACUUUCGUCGCAGGAUGAAAUUUUCAGCAACGUUUUCUGGCGUUUCCUGCAACUUCGCGGUUAUAUCGACCAGAGUUCACAUAAGCUAACUCCGUGGGGAGUUUGCCUGGAGCAGGCGCUCUCUGUUCUUGAUCCCAACGAUGCCCUGGAAGAGCCCACCUUCCUUGCCAUUGAAAUGCUUCGGCUUGGAUUGAUCAACUCGAAACAUUGGUUCUCUCACGUGUCGGGAGGUCCCAUGAGGGGAACCGAUGAGGACAAGAAUUUCAACAUGCUGGUGUCCCGGAUUGCGUGCAUUGCCAAGUUGCAACACAAGAGCAUCGGCUAUUCCGGGCCACUAAGCAGGCAACUGCUGUGCUACCGCUCUCUGAUCUCGGAGGUCCGCGCCGCGCUCAGGAGCCUGAUCGAGGUCGUCUUGACCAGUCUGUUCCUUAGCGGACAUGCCGACCGGGACCGGAAUGACUGGAGUGAACUGAGUCUGAAGCUUCCAUUCAUCAAUGACAAUGACUGUGGCCUGGGCAUUGCCGUCCGCACCUACCUGGAUGACCUGCCUUUGCAGAACAACCCGACGUCGCCGGAGGCACGGGCUGAGGUCAAAUCGAAGGGCAAGGAUUGGUUCCAACACUGCGACAGUUUCGUCGGCAAUCUGGACCGCGCCUUUAAACUAUGGGAUGCGGUCUACAAGGGGACACAGAAUGCCGGCAAAGACUUCAAGGACGGGCAGAUGUUUGUGACUGCCAACCAGUGGCUGAGCGAGAGACGGUAA